UCCACUCUCAUAUCAGCACCAGAAAAAUAAAUAAACACAAACAAAAAAUAAUUACAAAAAAAAAGGUAGUAGCUAGUAAUAAGAAAAAUAAUAGAGAUGGCAUUGAAGAUGAAGGUUGUGUUGGCAGCUGUGGCGGUGGCGGCAUUGUCCGUCCAAAACGUGGCGGCGUCCGCGGAGGCAAUGGCCCCGGCACCGGGCCCUUCGGACGCCGCCCCUUUGGUACCGGCGAUGGUGGCUUCCGUUGCUGCAAUGGCCUUUGCAAUGCUCUUUUGAAUUUUGAUCACUUUUUAGCUUUUACUUAAAUUCAUGUCUUCAUUUCUGCAGAGUCGUCCGACUCUCAUUCUUUCAUUCAUAGCAUAUUAGUAAUUUAGCAAUUAGCAUUAGUGAUUGGUACGUUUUGUUUGGGUGGAUGAGGAUGAGGAUGCCCUCCCGUUUAUUCAUUUUUAUAUAAAAUCUAUAUUUCACCGCAA